AUGAGUGAUAAAAAGUAUAAACAGAGUAAAGCAGAUAUUGCUAAACAGUUUGAUUUGCCCGAGCGACAGUCAAAGAUCACCUCGUUGCUGAAUCAAGCUGGUCAAGCUUAUUGCAUAUGCAGAUCAUCGGAUAGUUCAAGGUUUAUGAUAGCAUGUGAUGCUUGUGAAGAGUGGUACCACGGUGAUUGUAUCAAUAUAUCGGAGAGAGAAGCAAAAUACAUUAAAAAUUAUUUCUGUGACCGUUGUCGUGAAGAAGAUCCCAGUUUAAAGACCAGAUUCCGGCCACAGAAAAGAGAAACUGAUGGGGACUCGGGCCGUGACGACAGAAAGAAAAAACGUAAAGAGAAAGAUCAUUCAGAAAACAAGUCAUCGAAGAGAUCUAGUAUAAAAGAUGGCUGCGGAGAUUGCUCUGGUUGUUUGCAGGAACAUGAUUGUGGACAUUGUGAAGCAUGUGAGGACAUGUUCAAAUAUGGUGGUAAUAGCAAGCUAAAAUUGAAAUGCAGGCAGCGAUUGUGCAUCAAGGAUAAGAAGGCAUCACGUCAGUCCAAUAGUAACAGGAUAAAGAAGAAACAUCACGAACGCGAUAUGUAUGAGCCAGAGGAAUCAAUAUCGCACCUGCAAACAUCAGAGCCUCGGCAGUGCUAUGGACCGCAAUGCACGAAAGCGGCGCAAUACGGCUCCAAAUAUUGUUCUACGGAGUGUGGCAUGCGGCUUGCCACCGCUAGAAUAUAUCAGGUCCUGCCGCAGCGGAUCCAGGAGUGGUCGCUGUCGGCGUGCGUGGCGGAGCAGCACAACCGCAAGGCGCUGGAGGGCGUGCGCGGCGCGCUGGCGGGCGCGCAGGCCGCGCUGCGCCGCCUCGACCGCCAGCACGCCCAGCUCGACGCGCUCGUCGCGCGCGCGCGCACCGCCACCAUCCUGCACACCGACGAAAAGGAAGCCGACGACGAAACGUCGAUGUACUGCAUAACAUGUGGCCACGAAAUCCACUCGCGGACCGCAGUCAAGCACAUGGAGAAGUGCUUCAUCAAGUACGAAGCGCAGGCUUCCUUCGGCAGUCGACAUCGCACACGUAUCGACGGUCAAAGUAUGUUCUGCGACUACUACAAUCCCGUUAACGGGACAUACUGUAAGAGAUUGCGGGUAAUGUGUCCAGAACAUUUCAAAGACCCUAAAGUGAGUGACACAGAUGUAUGUGGAUGUCCAUUAGUUCGUGAUGUCUUCGAACCCACGGGAGAGUUCUGUAGGGCUCCGAAGAAGUCCUGCUUAAAGCAUUACCAAUGGGAGAAACUACGGAGAGCGGAGAUCGAUAUGGAACGGGUCAGGCAAUGGCUGAGGCUAGAUGAGCUUGUUGAACAGGAGAGAAAUAUCAGACUGGCAAUGGCAUCCAGAGCUGGCGUGUUGGGCCUCAUGUUACAUUCGACAUACAACCAUGAAGUGAUGGAACGUAUUACGAAGGUCAACGAAAAUGGUAAAUUGAAAGAAAGUUCUUGA